UGAAGAAGGGGGGAGAAAAGGGGGAGAACCGCUGCAAACAGCGCCCCCCCCAUCCUCAAGAAGCACCUCCCCAAAGCAUCUACUUCUUCACAGUCUACAGCUGCUCUCAGGAUGGAUUAUUGUUCUCUGCCGAGCUGGGAGGUGAUUCCAAGUUUGCCAUGUCCUGGUGUUUCCUGCUAAAUGCUCCCCUGUUCUGGACUGUGCCAUGGACUCCAUGUUUGAGGAUGACAUCAGCAUCCUUGCCCAAGAUGGCCUGGUCCAAGAUGAUGAAUGGCUGGACAGCCCUAACACCGACCUCUCGAGUGACAUGUGCUCAGCCUCUCAUUUUGCUCUCAUCACGGCCUAUGACGACAUCAAGAACCGCUUAACGGGACUGGAGAGGGAGAAUGCCAUACUCAAGCGGAAACUUAAGAUGUAUGAGAUCAAAUUCCCCCUGAUCAGUGAAUUUGGAGAGGAGCGCAUCUUCCCUGCUUAUGACUCCAAGGAGACCUCCCUUUUGAAGAGUGAGAAGGCGAACCUCCAGCAGCAACUGAAUCAGUUCCAGCGGGAGUUGCAGAAAAGCAAGGAGAGGGAAGAACAGCUGGCUGAGAUGAUCCAAGCCUAUGAGAAGUUGUGUGUGGAGAAGACCGACCUUGAAUCAGAGCUGGAGCAGAUGAGAGCACUGGUUGAGACGCAUCUGAAUCGGAUCCGAAGUCUAGAGCAGCAACUGAGACAGAGAGAUGGCAACUCAUUCCAGAACCUCAAUUCUCAACUUCAAAACCAGGAAGUCCAGUACUUGUCGCUUCAUGGUGGCCAUGUCCUGGAUCGCUCCAUGAGCUGGCAGAGCCCCAGGGGCCUGGAUCAAGUGGAAGGCUUGGAAGUGCAGAGACUGGAAGCAGAAUUGGAAGAAUCAAGGCAGGAAGUCCAGAGUUCUCAACACCGGGAAGAACAGCUGAAGGUCGAAUGUGAAAGACUGCAAGCUGAAUUGAAGCAGCUGCAGGAGACACGGGCUCAGGAUCUAGCAACCAGUCAGUCGGAGAGAGACAUGGCAUGGGUAAAGAAAGUUGGAGAUGACCAGGUAAACCUAGCUCUGGCAUACACAGAACUGACUGAGGAAUUGUGCCGCCUAAGGAAUCUGAGUUCUAUCCAAAGCCAGAUUCUCCGGACCCUUAUGCAAGAACAGGCCAUCAAUGGUGGUCAGCGACACUCUCCCCAUUCCCAGCGACAUUCUCCUGCCCAGCAGCGCCGCUCUCCAGCCCCUCAGUGCACUUCCCCAGCACAGCAAGGGAGACCUUCCCUUCCUCAAUGCCCAUCUCCAGCCCUACAAAGACGGUCCCCGGCACCACCGCCAUGUCAGUCUCCUGCACAUCAGCGUCGUUCUCCAGCUCCACCUCCUUGCCAGUCUCCUGCUUCACAGCGCCGUUCCCCAGCCCCACCAGCCGGCCAGUCUCCUGCCCAGCAGCGCUGCUCACCAGCCCCCAACUGCUCAUCCCCUAUCACCAUCACCUCACAGCACAGAUCUCCCGGCGGUGAAAGAAGUGUGAUGGAUCUGGGCUAUUCCAAACCCUCAAGCCACCACAUCAAAGCAAGCUUCCAAGGCCGUCGGAGCUACUCGGAAGCGAGCAAUGCAGCUCUGUACCAGCAGCAGAACCGCUCUCUCUGGCUACAGCCAGAAGCUUCUACCUUACCAAAGCACCGUCCUUAUGGCGAGGUUUACGCCAGAGACGCCUUUGAGGACCAUUUGCGCUUUGAGAAGCAGUCCUCAGAUGAAGAAGACUGGGCCCUCCCAAGCCCCCCCAGCCCUGAAGCCGGGGGCAUCCGUUGCGCCUCCUUCUGUGCAGGGUUCCCCAUCCCCGACACCUCCACACACCGGACUGAUGCCUCAUACUGCAGGGCUGAACAUGCCCAGUCCUGGCCCUCAAUCAAUCUGCUGAUGGAGACUGUGGACUCCGACAUCCGAAGCUGCCCUCUCUGCCAGGUGGCCUUUCCCAUUGGUUACCCAGACGAUGCUUUGAUAAAACAUAUUGAUUCACACCUGGAGAACAGUAAGAUCUGAGGUCUGCACCGCUGUCUGUCCUCUUCCAGCUUCCUUAAUGAGACCUGUCCACCUCACCCCAUCCACCUCACUCUUCUUGGAUGCUGCAUGAAAAGCGGUGGCGCAACAGGGGCUUCUCUCUAAAAUACCUCUAAGUCUCCGGUAGACUGAACCGUGAAGAAUUCUGCCUCUCCCUUGCCCUCUUCUCUUCGCCUUGGUUUUUAAAGUGUUUUCCCCCCUCUCCCUCCUGCUCUUUGGGAGUAGGAUCUGCAAUAUUCCCCUAAUGCUUGAUCCAACUGUAGAGGUUGGAGAGGGAGGGUGAGAAAUAUACUUGCACCAGGCUCCACAGGGCGCAACAACGCACUCAUCCAUCUGAAGGCUCAGAACUGAGGUUUUCUUUGGGAGGGGGGACUUUGUUUACAGGGUUCAGCAUUGGCAUCUGGAAGAUCUCAGGGUAGGAUGAGUGAAAAGUUAACCAUGGUUGUGUGAUUUGGGGUGGAAUGGGUGAGUAGACAUGGACUUUGGCCUACUGAGGGCACAGUCUGUUGCCCAUGUAGUAAGAAAUCAAAAGAUUUUGUUUUGUGCCCACACGGUGCAGGAAUACCCAGGUGGGUCACGUCUCCCCACUUUUCCAGCUAUUAAGAAGGGCAUAUAUUGGAUUGCUUGUUUAUUGGACAUAGAAAGCCUUGGCCUCCAAUCACUGGUUCAAGUGUCUUUGUCUUGGUCUUUUACAUUAAAAGCCCACUUUUAACAAUGCUGCUGAGAAAUAGAGCCAACAUCCAGAAUUGUAGCAUGGACGUUCUAAAGUUAUUGCACUGGACACUGUAACCCACAAUGCUUCCCCCCCCCACCAAAGGAGCUCCUCCUCUCCUCCCAUGCUAAGUUCUUGUGAGUUGCACUGGAGGAACGGUGCACUGCAGACUUGGGUAGAGCUCCAGGAAGUGUCCCCCAUGUGACUGUCUGUGUUCUCUUUGGCGACUGUUUUCCACCUUUCUCCCAACACACUUUCCACCUGGCUUUAGAUAGUUCCUGUAUAACAAGAAUGGUACUUGCUGCAUUCUGACUCAUACCUAAUUCUCCUGUAAUGACAGCAUGUUGACAUUGUUUUUGACAACAGCAUAAAUGUAAAACAUUUUCCAUUUCUGACAUCCACCCUUUCAUUCUCUUUCUCUCUGGCCUUACUAAGCAUAUAUUUUGCUUUACUGAUCUAAACAGCAGGCAUGUUCCGGUUGAUUUCUUGCUUCCGGAUUUGUGGUGCCUCCAUAUUGUGAAAAUUGUCUCCUUGAAAACAGCCUGCUCAUAUAUCAGGCUUUGGUGAAAAAGAAAAAAACGGGGGGAAAAGAGCUGCACGAACUUCUCCUUCUUAAGCAACUGUCUUCCUAUCAGAAAGCUCUUAGCAAUGUGUGUGUUGAGAUUUAUAGGCUGCCUUAUCCCAAGGGCUGAGGAGGCCCAAUGGUAAAUAGUCUAAUUUCUGUGGGCAUUAAGGAGAAUAGAAUCUUAAAAAUGAAACAGAAUCAAAGGAGCUUUUUAAAAAACAUGUAGUUCAGGGGUAACGUAUGGUAUAAGCUGCAUGCAGUUCCCCAGCCCAUUUUUGCAGCCUCCCAGCACCCUCAUCUCCCCCUCAUUAAAGAAAAUGUCUUGGAAAAACUUUAUUUGCUCAAGAAGUCUCAUUGUGUCCUCUAAGGCAGUGGUCCCCAACCUUGGGCCUCCAGAUGUUCUUGGACUUCAACUC